UAGGGGAGCAGCCUAGUGUGGCCGAUAACAAAUAGCUUUCUUUUUUUCUUCCACUUUACAAAACCUCUAAUGCAUUAUAAAUAGGAAUGGAGUACUCAUCAUGCUAGUGUAUUGGGUAAUUUGCAUCUUGGUGAAGUUGAACUAAGAUCAAUUUAAGUACUUGUGACUCAUUUCAAGAGGAGAAGCUGAAAGAUGGAGUUGUGCACACAAACCGUUGCAACUGAUGAGUUUAUAAUUAGUCGUCGCGCUGGCAAUCAUCAUCCUACUGCUUGGGGAGAUCAUUUUCUUGUGUAUGCCGAUCUACCGGUAGCUAAUGAGGAGGAAGAGAAGAAACAUGAAGACCUAAAAGAAGAAGUGAGAAAGAUGCUAGUGAUGACUCCUUCAAAAUCUUUGCAAAAGCUUGAUCUCAUCAACACAAUUCAACGUCUUGGUGUAGCUUAUCAUUUUGAACAUGAGAUUGAGGAAUCAUUGAGUUAUAUGUACACUCAUUAUCAAGAAUGGAUUAGUGAAUUUGAUGGCAAUGACCUUCAUGCUAUCUCUCUAUGCUUUCGAUUACUUAGGCAACAAGGUUAUUACGUUUCUUGUGAUGCUUUUAGGAGGCUCACUAACGACCAAGGAAAUUUCAAGAAAGAAUUGGUCAACAAUGUGCAUGGAAUGUUGAGUUUAUAUGAGGCAGCACAAUAUAGAGUACAUGGCGAAGUAAUUCUGGAUGAAGCAUUGAAUUUCACCAUCACUCAAUUGAAGCUAAUUUUGCCUAAAUUGAGCGAUUCCCAGCUUGCACAACAAGUCAACGACGCACUGAAGUUUUCAAUUAAAGAUGGUAUAGUGAGGGUAGAAACAAGGAAAUACAUAUCAUUUUAUCAUGAAAAUGAGGUGUUACUAAACUUUGCCAAAUUAGACUUUAACAUCUUGCAAAAGUUGCAUAAAAAGGAGCUAUGUGAAAUCACAAGGUGGUGGAAAGAAUUGGAAAUAGUAAAAUCAUUACCUUAUAUAAGAGACAAAGUGGCAGAGGCUUACUUUUGGAGUUUAAGUGUCUACUUUGAGCCUCAGUACAGCGUUGCAAGGAAAUUAUUAACAAAAAUUGUAUACAUUAUUACUAUUAUUGAUGACACAUAUGAUAUCUAUGGGACACUAGAUGAACUUACUCUCUUCACAGAGACAAUUGAAAGGUGGAAUAUUGAUGCGUCAGAACAAUUACCAUUAUAUAUGAAGAUUAUUUACCUCAAUCUUUUAGAUGUUUACAAUGAAAUUGAGAAAGAGUUGGCAAAUGAAAACAAGUCAUUUCUAGUCAACUAUUCCAUAAAAGAGAUAAAAAAGAUGACAAGAGCUUACUUUCAAGAGGCAAAAUGGUAUCAUGAGAAGAAAGUACCAACAAUGGAAAAGUAUAUGAAGAAUGGAAUUAUAACAGGUGGUCUCCUAUUGCUGGCAAGUACUUUUUGGUUAGGCAUAGGAAAAAUAGCAACUAAAGAUGCAUUUGAUUGGAUGGCAACUGAACCAUCAAUACUUGUUGCUGGUUCUCUCAUUGGAAGAUUACUCAAUGAUCUUAAAUCACAUGAGGAAGAACAAAAAAGAGGAGAUGUAGCUAAAGCCGUUGAAUGUUAUAUGAAUGAAUAUAACGUCACAAAAGAAGAAGCAUAUAUGAAAAUAAGGAAUAUGAUAGAGAAUUAUUGGAAUGUUUUGAAUGAAGAAUACCUCAAACUCACAGGCGUUAUACCAAGGGUUUUACUCAUGUCUAUAGUUAAUUUUACAAGAGCAGUAGAAUUUCUAUAUAAAGAUGAAGAUGCUUUUACAUGUUCCAAAAAUAACUUAAAAGACGUCAUUUCGGUGAUGUUAAUUGAUCCUAUCAUAUAGAUCGAGUUUCAAAAAGGAAGAGGAGGAAUAAGAAAAUGAAGAAUCACAUUUCUUUAGAAUGUUUAUAUUUGGAUAAGUUAAUUAAGAGUUGUUUAGUUACCUGUAUUACUAGUAUAAUAAUAAAUAAAUAAAUAUUUCAAUGUUGAAUUUUGCAUUAAUAGACAGGUGUUUAUUUCUAAGUUAACAAUAUCCACAUGAAUUAUGUUGUAAAUUCCACAUUACAGUUGUACGAAAUAACCAUUGUUGUAUUAGCAAUGUAA